CUAAUUAGUAUCUAAAUAUUCGAUGUGACGAGUGUUAAAAAUAAGCAGGAAACCAAACCAGGCCUAAAGGUAGCAAGCAACACGAGGUUUGGAGACAGGUAUAUAUCAUGCCAAAAGAGAAUAUUAAAAAGCAGAGCUCAUCAGGCCCACCUAAGCUUUUAUACAACAAGAAGCACAAAUCAGAACAAAAGAUUCGAUGGGUGAUUAAAGGCCCAAAUAAAGGCCCGGCCCAACAACGUAGUCGCAGAAGAAGGUCAACCUAUUAGGUGGGCCUGGGUCAACGGCAUGCGUCCGUCCAUCGUCCAUGGAAGAAGACGACCAGGACAAACCAACCAACCAAGGAGUAUUCGUUCAUGAUCGCACACUCCCUCUUCCUCCGACUUUCAUGGCCGGCCAUCUCUCCCUGCUCUGCAUUCUCCACUGCAUGCAGCUGCAGGCUUUGCCUCACAAACACUUGCAUUGUUGAUGGAAAUGGAACCUUAAUCUUAAUUUCAUCGUCAAUAAGCACACAUAUUCCUCUACUCCAAGUCGAUCCAAGGAUGGGCAAGGCGAGCACGGUGUCGUCGUUGCUGUGCUGCCCGUGCCGUUGCCUCUUCUGCGGCGUUCUCAGCUGCCUCUUCAGCGUGCUCACCUGCAUCUUCUUCAGCGCCGGCCUGGUCGCCCUGGUCCUGUACCUCCUGUUCCGGCCCCACAUCAUCCGCGCCACCGCCGUCUCCGCCGACCUCUCCGUCUUCGACCUCACCCCGCGGAUGUGGAUCCUCCACUACAACCUCUCCCUCGCCCUCCAGCUGCGCAACCCCAACAAGCGCAUCGCCCUCCACUACCGUGACGUCGCCGCGCACGCCUACUACGAGGGCCAGCGCCUCGCCGACGCCGCCCUCCCCGACUUCUUCCAGGACACCGGCGAGACCAGCCCGCUCAACCCGGUCUUCGCCGGCGACGCCCCGCUCGUCGGAGGCGUCGCGGCCGCAGGGUUCCGGAGGGAAGCCGCCGAGGGCGCCACCUUCUCCGUCGACGUCAAGAUCACCGCGCACAUGAAGCUCAAGCUCUGGGUCAUCACCGUGCCGGGGCCCAAGCCCAAGAUCGACUGCCCGCUCAGGAUCCAGCAGCGGAAUCACACCGACGGCGGCGCACCACCGCCCGAGUUCCAUCCAACAGAAUGCAGGGUCUGGUUCUGAUCAUCAUCACCUGAUGAUCAGUGAUCGAUCAGGGCCUCGUAGUUAAUUUGCUGCUAAUAAUUGGAUGCACUGUUAGAUAUAUAGUAGUAGUGUUACUAGUUGUGUCUCUGUAGGUGCUCACGAUCCAUCAACUGAUUCUUUGGUUCGUAAGUAUAUUGCUAGCUUCUCGCAAUGUGAAUUAAUUAACAUUCAGUGGUUUCAGCACUUGAUUAGUUAUUUCC